UAUCCAAGCAGGAAGCCGCGGCUCAGCAUGGCUCUCCAGGCUCAGGCUCGCGGGCUCACCCUGCUCUGCUUUCUGCUCUGGCUUCAGGCAUCCCAGGAGACUUCAGUCUUCUUAGCCCAGGAGGAAGCGCACAGUGUCUUGCAUAGGCAUAAGCGCGCCAACCAUUUCCUGGAGGAGCUGAGACCCGGCAACCUGGAGAGGGAGUGUAAGGAGGAGCAGUGCUCAUUCGAGGAGGCCCUGGAGAUCUUCAAGAGCCCAGAGAGGACAAAGCAGUUCUGGAGUCUCUACACUGAUGGGGACCAAUGCGCCUCCAACCCGUGCCAGCACGGAGGCUCCUGCAUGGACCAGCUCCAGUCCUACAUCUGCUUCUGCCUCCCGAACUUCGAGGGCCGAAACUGUGAAACAGACAAGGACUCCCAACUGAUCUGCGCCAAUGAGAACGGUGGCUGUGAGCAGUACUGCAGCGACCACCCGGGAGCAAAGCGCUCCUGCGGGUGCCACGAGGGGUACGCGCUGCUGCCCGACGGGGUAUCCUGCGCCCCCACAGUUGACUAUCCCUGUGGGAAAGUGCCGAUUCUGGAAAAAAGAAAUAGCAGUGGCCCCCAAGGUCGAAUUGUGGGAGGCAGGGUGUGCCCAAAAGGGGAGUGUCCAUGGCAGGCCGCGCUGCUCGUGCAGGGGCAGCUGCUGUGUGGGGGUACCCUGCUGACCCCCAGCUGGCUGGUGUCUGCGGCCCACUGCUUCGACAAGAUCCACAGCUGGAGGAACGUGUCCGUGGUGCUGGGUGAGCACGACCUCAGCGAGGUGGACGGCACGGAGCAGGUACGGUGGGUGGCACAGCUCAUCAUUCCCAGCAAGUACAUCGUCGGCAAGACGGACCAUGACAUUGCACUGCUGCGCCUGCACAGGCCCGUGGUCCUCAGCGACUACGUGGUGCCCCUCUGCCUGCCCACGCGGGCCUUCUCCGAGGGCACGCUGGCCAGCAUCCGCUUCUCGUGGGUCAGCGGCUGGGGCCAGCUGCUGGACCGCGGGGCCACCACCCUGGAGCUCAUGGCCGUGGACGUGCCCCGCAUGCUAACCCAGGACUGCCUGGAGCAGUCGCGGCAGACGCCCGAGAGCCCAGCGCUCACCGAGAACAUGUUCUGUGCCGGCUACCUGGAUGGCAGCAAGGAUUCCUGCAAGGGUGACAGCGGCGGCCCGCACGCCACACUCUACCGUGGCACGUGGUACUUGACAGGCGUGGUCAGCUGGGGCGAGGGCUGCGCCGCUGUGGGCCACGUCGGCGUGUACACCAGGGUCUCCCGGUACACAGAGUGGCUGACCAAGCACAUGAGCUCCAGGCCCCGGCUGGGCAUCAUGCGAGCCCCGCUGGAUUAGCUCCCUGUGCAGAGAGGGGGCAGACACAGCUGCCUGGA